AUGCCAUCGCCUUCAAAACCCAGGAAACGUGCAAAUGCGCCUGAUACCUCAAUUCGCAUCCCCACUUCCAUACCAGCACAUCUAUAUCCAUGCCUGAAUGUACAGAAAAGAGCACUAUUAUCAUCUUUGAGGAACUACCAUCCUGCUUGUGAUCCGCAAGAUGAUGAUGGUCCUGCGACCAACGCGAUAGCAUACACUCAGCUACAGGACUUACUGACUGGUACAAUUACACGGGGUGAAGGUAAUAGCUGUCUUCUUCUGGGUCCACGCGGCAGUGGUAAAACAUCUGAACCCAUUGUCAUUCGUCUUUCGGGGUGGGUACAGCAUACCGAUCGCCUUGCUUUACGCGAAGUUGCUCGACAAUUGUCUCUUCAAACCGGAAAAUCAUUUCUGCAAGAUACCGACGCCCAACUCGACAAACAGGACGAGUCGCUUGAUGAAAACCCUUUUCUAGAUACGACUCCUAGCAUAUCGCUCCCACCUACAUCACAUCUCCCUGCACUCAUAUCCGUGAUCCCAACACUGUCUCGCCCUGCCAUAAUAAUUCUCGAUGCUUUCGACCUUUUCGCCUUGCAUCCCCGGCAAUCUCUUUUGUACUGUCUUUUAGACACUGUUCAGAGCUGUCGAGUGGGGCAAGGUAACAAUGGUAUGCUUGUAGUGGGUGUCACUACUAGAAUCGAUACCAUUAACUUGCUUGAGAAACGGGUCAAGAGUCGAUUCUCUGGACGGAUGCUACGUACAGCGCCCCCUCAAGGUUUAGAAAACUGGAAGAAAAGUACAAAGGAACUAUUUGUAUCUCCUGUUGAUUGCGACAAUCAAGAAUGGGCCGCAAUUUGGCCUAUCGCUAUGGACAAAUUUCUGGAGGAUCGAACGGUGAAUGAAAUGAUUGACGAUGCAUUUUCUCUUACGAGGGAUACAAAAAUGCUCAAUUACCUACUGACAAGAGUGGUGCUCACACUCAAACCACAAUCCCCAUUUCCUCUGGCAUCUCAUCUGAAGUAUGCCAUUAUUAUGCAGCAGUGUCACGUUCGAUUUCCCCAACUUCAUGCGCUACCUUACCCUGCGAUCUGUCUCCUUAUUGCUGCAACACAUGUACAGACAGCCGGCCACGAUACCUUCAAUUUCGAGAUGCUCCACGAGUCAUUUCAAGACCAAGUACGAGCAUCGGCAGCAGCUCCGGUGCAGAUCGAAGGUGGUAGCAUCGGUAUGGGUUUUGAACAUCUGUUAGCUAUGCGCGUAUUUGCAAGCGUUGCCGCACCGUCCGUAACAGUGGCGCAAGAGUUCGUACGAUAUCGUUGCGUGGCAGACAGGGAUGAUGUUAAAAAAGCCGUUGAGAAGAUGGGCCAAACAAGCCUGAAGAAAUGGUUCAGCAGGGCCCAGUAG